AUGGAGCUAGUGGAUGCGGGGAUAAUGCCUGAGAAGGAGUUUCAUGAUCGCAUAUUGAAGGAGAACCACCAGCCGAUUGAGUUGUUGAGGGUUCUUAUAAGAGACUUGCCAGUUGAGAGAGACUUCAAGACAAAUUGGAGGUUUUACGAAAAAUGA